CAGGUAGAUUAACCAAUCAAGUUUACCCAUGAAAAUAAUUUUUUCACAUUCUUCAGCAAUGCAAUCAAGUUUGCCCAUUAAGGUAGGGAUAAAACUUGAUGUAGUUCCAGAGCCGCCUUUUGUGAAGGAAGCAUCUCAGCAUAGCUCCACUGCAGAUAAAUCCACUACUGAUGUGCCCAAAGAAGGGAAAUGUGCAUCAAAAUCUCAAACAAAUGGUGAUCAGAAUGGUGUUCACGGUAAAAAACACGGUGGCUCUUGCCAUCGUCAUCAACUUGAUGAACCUAGAUUCCUGGUUAACAUUGGAACGCUAGAUAGUGAUGAGGAGCAAACACAGCUACCUGAAACAACCGUGUGGAUUUGCUGUGAUGUUUAUGACACUGGGAUUGGGAUUCCAGUUGCUCCUGCGCAAUCAUUUUAUGUUGUGAUUUUUUCAAACUUAGAGACCGUUUAUAUUAAGGUUGAGCUGAUGGGUGGUCGUCUCACCGUGUCUAGUCGAGUACAUUGUGGUUCUACAUUUACCUAUAUAUUACCUUACAAAAAUUCACUACCUGGUGAUAAUUCUGAUGACCCGGAUGAGCUGUCAGAUGUGGCUGAUCAUGAUGCCGCAAUUGAUGAUUCAACUGCUGGCUUUUUUCAAUUCCAUCCACGCACCUUGGGUUCAGUGUUCUCUUCUAAUGGUUCAAGCAGAAUACAAAAAUUAAUGCCACAUAAUAUUGGCCAGUUAGGAGAUGGUUUAGAGGGUUUAUGGAAGAGGGUGAUUUGGGAGAAAUAUUAUGGGGGUCAAAAGGAGGUUGAAGUUACUUCAUUUGCAUCUUUAAAAAUGUCUCGGGUGUGGAAGGACAUUGUGAGUGUGGGUAGUGGAUCUGAAAGGCUUUUGGAGAUGCUAGUAAAGGGCUUUAAAUGGAAAGUGGGGGAUGGAAGUUGUGUGAAUUUUUGGAGUGAUAAAUGGGUGGGAGAAAAGCCUUUGAAAGAUUUAUUUCCUAGGUGGAGACAUGGGUGUAUAGGGAGGGCUGCUGGUGAGGAAGAACAGCUUAGGGAGUUGAUUAAUGGUGUAAAGUUGAGGAUAGACGGAGUAGAUUCGUGGAGAUGGAUACAUAGUGGAGAUGGUUCAUAUUCGUACAGUUACUCGGUCCACAUCAAAUGGCAGUCUAGUUUUACCAGAUUCAAUUUCAAAGCCCAAGAUCCUUCUUGUAGAAGAUAACAAGGUUAAUGUAAUGGUAACACAAUCAAUGAUGAAGCAGUUGGGCCAUGCAAUAGAUGUUGUGAACAACGGAGUUGAAGCUGUCCGGACAGUUCAGGGCAACAAUUAUGAUCUAAUUCUGAUGGAUGUCUGCAUGCCAGUAAUGGACGGCCUUCAAGCGACAAGACUGAUUCGUUCCUUUGAAGAAGCUGGCAACUGGGAUGCUGCAGCAAAGGCUGGAAUUGAGCAGCUUGUGCCUUC